AACAACCGUGUCCUCCACGGUGAAGUUGAACGACGCCGCGCGGGUAUUGACCAUGAUUAACGUGAAAGGGGAGUCGCAUAAAUGGAGGCAAGAGGUGUCGUUUUCUCCGAUUUAGCUUGGGGUUAGCUCGCGAGGCUAACGCUGCUCGUUAUUGACGUGAAUCAACACUUGGACGAGAGUCCCGAUAUUGCUCAUUCGCUGGCCUAUAAAUCGGCGUGUCCUUUCUUUUGGGACGAUGAAGACCCUGUUUUGUAUGCAUUGCACCCGUGCAACGUUAAAUAACCGGAUUGUGACGUCAACAAAUGAGCCGUCCGUCUCGUGUCCCAUUUCCGGGUCAAUUUUCCCUUGGGAAUGCCGGCCGAACACAUUCUAUCUACCAUAAGGAGCAGGAGUUUGUUAGCAAAAUGCUAGUUGAUACAACGACAAAAGCUUCUUUGACAUUUGCCAAUGUACUGCAUAGUUUGCCACAAAGCACUCGAUUCCAUGAAAAUAUGAAAGGCCGUGAAAACCCGUCAAUAGAGUUCCAUUCGAAGUAAACGUCGGACAAGAAAUCCAUGAGAAGAUGGCAGUGUGUGCACUGACCAUGCUGGACGGGAUGGGUGGCGAGGCCACAGCGGUGGGGGGGGCCCUGCUUGUGGCCCUGGCGCUGGUCCUGGCCUGGCUCUCCACACACGUGGCAGAGCGCGGCGACCACAUCCUGGGCACCAUCCUGUCGGCGGGCGCUCACGCCUCCCUCAUCGGUGUGGGCGGGGAUGCGGGCGGCGACGUCCAGGUGGAUGCCCCGGAGCCGGCGGGCGGCGAGACGGAUGAGGUGGCGUCGCCGGAAGACACUGACCUGCUGCUGGACAUUCAGAGCAAAGCACCCCCCGGGGGCAGGAUUCACGCUUCGGACGAGGAGGAAGACGAGGAUUACGGCGGCGGCGGCGGCGAAGAAGAAGAGAGAGUGCGGGCUUAUCAAAAGGACAUGUCUACCACGCCGUCCUUUUGCGUGCGACUCAAGUUUUUAAACGACACAGAGGAAGUGGCCGUGGUCAAACCCCACCACACUGUGGACCAACUCAAGAGUAAGUACUUCUCUGGGCGUGAGCAUCAGAUCAAGCUGAUCUACCAAGGGCAACUCCUGCAGGACUCCAAGAGGACUCUGCUGUCCCUGAACGUGACUCACAACAGCGUCAUCCACUGCCACGUCUCGCAAGCCCCGCACGACGGCGGCCCUGAGGCGGGGGCCGCCGGCUCUCCCCAGGGGGCGCCUGCCGUCUCCGGGGGCCUGCGGGCGGCGGGCGUGGCCGUCAGCACGGGCAGCCUGGUGGUACCCGUGUUUGUGGUGAUCCUGGCCGUGGUGUGGUAUUUCCGCAUCAACUACCGCCAGUUCUUCACUGCGCCCGCCACCGUCUCCCUGGUGGGCGUCACCAUCUUCUUCAGCUUCCUCAUCUUCGGCAUGCACGGCCGUUGAAGAAACCCGUUGGCGUGUAUCGCUAGCACGGCCCUGAAACUCCCAUAUUUGGACCAUUCAUAUGCUGAAAACCAAAGAAAAAACAAAAGCAGCAGAAGUCCACCCACCUGCAUUUUUUCCCCUCACCGGAUGCCUUUGGGCCAAUCCUGCUAACACACUAACUAACCCAUCCAUUUGCACAGGUGAGGGGGAGGACCUGUGAUCAAGCUUUCAUUUCUGCUUUGUUGGCUCCCGUUUCUCCAUCCAUGAUUCAAGCCCAACAUUUUGUCUGGGGUGUGAAGAAAUUCAUUUAAAGGCUGAGAUGUUGUAUUGUUAAAGUAGAACAGGCCUAGUGUCUUUUCAUGUGUACAAUGUUGUGUAUUUAGUGUAAAUAAAAUGAAUGAAACAAAUGAA